AUGCAAAUACGUUUCAGAGUCCAUCGAUUGGGAUUGGAUGGGAAGAUAAGUCAAUAUCCACCAAAAAUAGAUGCCAAACAAGUGCAAAAGCAAUACCUGCAAUCAAUCACGAAAGGAACUGCCAUCCAUACUCAAGACGAAGCUUCCAAAGCGUGCCAACUCUCGCGCUUCUCUGACCUCAGCCAGAUUUCGGCCGAGUUAAGUGUCAGCUCGCCAGGAAUGGAUUAUCGUCAUUUUCUGGUAUGGAAGGGAUCUCAAGAAGAAGCUGUUUUGAAUGUCCAGGGGGUGGUAGUCGAGGCGUACCUACCGCCUGUGAUUCAUUCGAAGAAGUUAGUCCAAGUUUCGUCUACUGUUCAGAAUCUUACUAUUUUCAGUUCCAAAUGUGAAAGGACUUUCCAGAUGGUCAAAGUUGCGGCACCCGCCAUGGACAAACAAUUCUCUCAGGCCUACCAAGCCAUAUCACAUAUCUAUAACUACAUGUCGCGCCAUGAUGAGCAUGUUUCUAUCACUUGA